UGCAUAAAGGAUAAAUUGUCCAAAUCUGUCAGAUUUCGGGCGAUCCGUUGUCACAUUCUUCUUCGCGAGAUGGCACUUAUUGCCUAGACCAGAGGAUUCGUGGAAUUUAAUAUGGCUAAAUACAAACACGUUAAUCUGAUGUGUCUUAGAAUAAAAAAUGAAACCAGACACGAAUUCAGCAACUUCCUUAAAUGCACAUGUUAUUUCCUGGAGCCUAUUCCUUUCUUUGGUUUAACAUUUUGUUCAGAUGACUCACAUUGAUUUGACGCUGGCUGGGCAAGAUCCGUCCACAAAUAACGAUUUCCCAAAAACUAUAUGGUGAUAUCAAACAAACUGCAGUUGUGUUGUUUUGAUGAAGUAAAAUGGAAAAGCUUGAUCUGCCAGACUGGAUGUCCCAGCUGCCUCCUGAGCUCCAUACAGUUUCCCUGUGGGACCUCGCCAUACCUGGAAGCCAUGACACCAUGAGCUACUGUCUAGACGGCUCGUCCACAUUGGAGCCCAAUGCACCCUGCUGGGUGAAGGUCCUGCAAAACUUCUACCCUCGUCUUGUGGGCCUCAUUGUCAAAAGGUGGACCACUACACAGGAUCUAAGUAUCAUUGAGCAGCUGAAUGCAGGUGUUCGGUAUUUUGAUUUGAGAAUUGCUUGUAAGCCAAAGGAUGUCACUCACACCUUCUACUUUGCCCAUGCACUCUACACCACAGUUACUGUGGAGGAAACCUUAACCGAAGUUGCUCGUUGGUUGGAACACCACCCAAAGGAGGUUGUCAUUCUAGCCUGCUCAUCAUUUGAUGGCUUGUUCCUCAAUGACCAUCAGAGGCUCAUUGCCAAACUGCCACAACUCUUUGGGAAGAAACUCUGCCCUAAAACGGCGUGCCCCUCUCUGCAGCACUGCUGGGAUCAUGAAUACCAAGUGAUCCUCUCCUAUGCCCAUUCAGCAGCUUCUGGCCACCAGGAGCUGUGGCCACAGAUUGACUACUGGUGGUCUCACCAAGACAGGACAUCAGCAAGUGAGGUUAUUAAGUACUUGGAUGACCGUUUGCAGGACGAAGGACGAAGUGAUACCUUCUUCGUCGCUGGUCUGAACCUCACUGAAAAUAACUGCUAUUUGAUAAAACACCUAUUCUUAUCCAUGAGGGAAAUGACUCUUGCUGCUUUUCCAGAGUUACUAGCCUGGGUCAAAAGGCAACACUGUGGUCACAGCAAAGAAUGCAUCAACAUUAUCGCUGCUGAUUUUGUGGGUGUUAAUCAGUUUGUCCAGCUUGUCAUUGAGAUCAAUACAAAAUGAUCAAGUAAUUUUAUUACAGUUUUUUUUCAAUCGCUUACAAGCGUUUGUCCAUUCAUUUGACACAUUUUCAAAACUCUAAACACAGUUAGCACAGCAUCGGCCUUUUGUGGCCAUACCAUUCACACAUUUCAUGUCGUUUUCACACAGUAUGCAGUCAGUAAAUACAUUUCCACAAUGCUUACAUUUUCUUAACAGACAAGCUAUAACUCUUAACAAAAUUAUGGAUCGUUUUUCUAUUAUUUACGAAUGUUAACACACAACAUCCCACAAUAGCAAACACAAUAUUCCAAACCGUAUAAAAACCUCUGCUUCUGCAAUGAUAUCAGUUCAAAAGCAAUAUAUCUCAGCUGAUACAGUAAUAAACAAACAAUUUAAUAAAUGACACACAUGAUGUUGGGUCAAUUGGGCCAACCACAGCCAAUUCCAAUCUGGCUUAGACUCAGUGGCAGGGGUUAUUUUUUUCAUAUGACAUUGAAACAGUAGUAAAAGGAGGACUUUGAGGAGUGAUGUUUUUUGAAACAAAAACAGAAAAAGACAAACACUGUGAUGUCUAUACAAGGAAGAGUAAGAGCAAGGGGCCCAGGAAGAAGGGCAGGCCAAUGAGAGGAGCAGUGCCAGGGAGAAGAGUAGGCCCAAGGAGAGGGCAAGGUAGAGGAGAAUGUGGGAGAAGAGAAUGUGUGGUGGUGGCAUUCGAAGGGCUGCAAGAACAGUCAGUGAUGAAAUGUGUGCCGCUAUCAUUGCCCAUGCAAUCAACCUAGGCCUUUCACUAAGAAAGGCUGGUGAGAAUACAUGUAAAUAUCAGAUGCAAUGUUGAUGACACAGUAAUUUUGUGGGUUUUUUGUUAUCCCCUUUUUACCUGGGCUUUUUGCUGUUGUUUUUUGUUCAGAAUGCUCUUGUUCACUGUAAGCAAUACUGUACAACUUGUUCUGUUCUAUCAUACUGUAAACAGUAUUUCUACUGUACCUCCUGUAUAAACAGUAAAAUAAAAAAUAUAUAAUUUAUAAAUAUCAUAGCCUACCGUAAACAGUAUUUAUACUAGUACCUCCUGAAGUUAAAAAAAAAGAGAUUGGCUUUUAACUAGAAUGCUUUUGUAUGUGAACAUUACAUGUGGACAUACAGUUCCCAACCAAGACAUUUUGUGCAAAAAUGCUGGAUUGCAUGUUUUGCAUGCAAAUACCUGUAAAACUGCAACAUAAAAGUCUAUGCAUUUUUGUAAUGUCAACAAUAGCCAGUAUUUUGAAACCUAUAUACUCUGACUGACUGCAUGUAUCUUGUGAAGUGAAAACAAGUUUUAUUCUUUGACAGAAUGAUUUCAUUUUGAGUCAGAUUUCCAGUGUUUUGGUAGCCUGAUAAACCAGCCUAAAUGGAUUGGAUGUCUAAUUUAGUCUGGCCUCGAUCAAUGGAUACAACGGAACAUUGUUGAUGAGCACAACUCGUUGUCUUUCAAACCGUGUCUGUGCCUAUAGGCCAACGCUCCCUCAAAACCCCGCCCCAGAGCCCUCUGCCCCGCCCGCGUUGAUUCAAAACACAUCUCUGCGUUGUGAUUGGUUUAGUUGCCAUCUGCCAGAUUCAGGGCAGUGUUUUCAAAAUGUUCAAUGGUCCGAGGCCAGACCCAA